CCAUCAUCCACCUUCCUCGCACCAUGUCCACUCGCCACGCCCGUACUGCGGACAAGUCCGCCAACGACAAACACACCCGCAUCCUCAAGGCUCUCCUGCAGAAGCCUGACAACAAGUUCUGUGUUGACUGUCGCAAAAAAGAUCCUCGCUGGGCCAGCUUCAACCUCGGAUGCUUCAUGUGCAUCCGAUGCUCGGGCGUCCAUCGCUCCAUGGGAACGCACAUCAGCAAAGUAAAAUCCGUGGACUUGGACAGCUGGACAGUAGAGCAAGUGGAAAAUAUGAUCAAAUGGGGUAAUGAAAAGGCAAACAUGUACUGGGAGGCGCGCCUGCCAGAGAGCAGUAUCCCUAACGAAAAUACCUCUGGAAUUGAUCCUUGGAUCCGAACAAAGUAUGAGCACAAGCAGUUCGCCAGGAAGGGAUCACUCCCCGAUCCAUCCGAAUUGGGGCCCAUUGAUGAAGCGAUGCUCAUGCAGCUGUAUGGAAAGUCAGAGUCGAACUCCAGGCCCCAGGCACAGAUGAAUCGUUCAGCAGGAUCUUCUGGGUCAUUCGCAGCCCUUGCUCCUCCACCUGCCAACCCCGUUAGAUCCUCGACCCCCAAAAAGUCCACCUCGUCCUCAGGUCUCCAGGGCGCCGAUCUUUUUUCCAUUGGACAGAAACCUACCUCUACAAAGACCUCUCAAGCAUCCGCAGCUCCAGUCGACUUUUUUGGCCUGAAUGACCCUACACCAGCGUCGCCUCAGUCAAUGCAAUCACCUAAGCCUGCAGUGAACACUGCAGUCCAGGAUCUUUUCUUGAUGAAUGCACCUACAACAUCUCCAGCACCAUCCUCCAGCGGCAUACAGGCUCCAGCUGCGAAGGCGGCCAAUGCGGACUGGAAGAACUCUAUCAUGUCCUUGUACGGAAAUCAAUCUUCAGCACCCAAGCCCAGCACCGCCAGUGCAUUUGGAAUGGGUCAGCCUGCUGCGCCAUUUGGACAGUUACAAGGAAUGGAUGCAUUUGGAUUCGGACAAGCAUCAGUUCAGCAGCAACAGCAGCAACAACCGCAGCAGCACAAUCCAUGGGGCAAUGACGACGCAUUUGGCGCUAUGCAGCAGGCUUCAGCACCUACCUCGUCAUUCGAUAGCUUUGGUAUGACCUCCAACAAUAACAAUGGCUUUGGUGCCACUAACGGCGGUCAGAGCAACGGUGGCAGCAAUGGUGUUCCUCAAGGAGGCGAUUUCUUUAGUAUGAUCGCAGGCGCCGCACGAUCGCCCACUACAAGUUCACCACAGAGCAACAACAAGAAUAACGGGGCCUUUGGAGACCUCACUUGGAACUAAAGAGCUAUACCAUGGAGAGGCGGCAUGGCGGCGUUGGCCCGCGAGUGUAGAGCGUCUUGAUACUCCUAUUACUUCCAUAAUAAAGCGUAAUGUUCACUAAUCAUGCCUACAACUCUGCACCAAAGGAAAUAAAAUGGGCCACACGGCGUGCAUGAUGC